GAUGGGUAUUCUCUUUCCUAGAGUUGUUCAUGCCAAGCAGAUCCUCAAGAGAGUUUUUUCAACUCCAGUGACUGCAGAUGUUCCUAAAGGCCAUUUUGCUGUUUAUGUUGGUGAAAUUGAGAGGAAGUGCUUUGUCAUGCUGGUUUCAUAUCUGAAGCAUCCUGCGUUUCAGAGCUUGCUUAGCCAAGCUGAAGAGGAAUUUGGAUUUGAUCAUCCGGUGGGUGGCUUUACAAUCCCAUGCAGAGAAGAAACCUUCCUCAGUCUUAUGUGCAAUUCAAGUUCUUUGUAG